AUGGAGGACGACUCAAUCUGCUUGGGAGGGGAGUGGCAGUUGAACCGCUUUUCAAAACUCACAUGUUCUGGGCCAGGUGCAGCUUUUGCUGAAAUCCAGCGGACUUCUCUCCCUGAGAAGUCACCACUCUCAUCUGAGACCCGUGUCGACCUCUGUGAUGAUUUGGCUCCUGUGGCAAGACAGCUUGCUCCCAGGGAGCAGCUUCCUCUGAGUAGCAGGAGACCCGCUGCGGUGGGGGCUGGGCUCCAGAAUAUGGGAAAUACCUGCUACGUGAAUGCUUCCCUGCAGUGCCUGACAUACACACCGCCCCUUGCCAACUACAUGCUGUCCCGGGAGCACUCUCAAACUUGUCAUGGUCACAAGGGCUGCAUGCUCUGUACUAUGCAAGCUCACAUCACACGGGCCCUCCACCGUCCUGGCCAUGUCAUCCAGCCCUCACGGGCAUUGGCUGCUGGCUUCCAUAGAGGCAAGCAGGAAGACGCCCAUGAAUUUCUGAUGUUCACUGUGGAUGCCAUGAAAAAGGCAUGCCUUCCCGGGCACAAGCUGGUAGAUCAUCACUCUAAGGACACCACCCUCAUGCACCAAAUAUUUGGAGGGUACUGGAGAUCUCAAAUCAAGUGUCUCCACUGCCAGGGCAUUUCAGACACCUUUGACCCUUACCUGGACAUCGCCCUGGAUAUCCAGGCAGCUCAGAGUGUGAAGCAAGCUUUGGAACAGUUGGUGAAGCCCGAAGAACUCAAUGGAGAGAAUGCCUAUCAUUGUGGUCUUUGUCUCCAGAAGGCGCCGGCCUCCAAGACGUUAACUUUGCACACUUCUGCCAAGGUCCUCAUCCUUGUAUUGAAGAGAUUCUCCCAUGUCACAGGCAACAAACUUGCCAAGAGUGUGCAAUAUCCUGAGUGCCUUGACAUGCAGCCAUACGUGUCUCAGCAGAACGCAGGACCUCUUGUCUAUGUCCUCUAUGCUGUGCUGGUCCACGCCGGGUGGAGCUGUCACAACGGACAUUACUUCUCUUAUGUCAAAGCUCAAGAAGGCCAGUGGUAUAAAAUGGAUGAUGCCGAGGUCACUGCCUCUGGCAUCACUUCUGUCCUGAGUCAACAGGCCUAUGUCCUCUUUUACAUCCAGAAGAGUGAAUGGGAAAGACACAGUGAGAGUGUGUCAAGAGGCAGGGAAGCAAGAGCCCUUGGCGCUGAAGACACAGACAGGCGAGCAACGCAAGGAGAGCUCAAGAGAGACCCCUGCCUCCAGGUACCCGAGUUGGACGAGCACUUGGUGGAAACGGCCACUCAGGAAAGCACCUUAGACCACUGGAAAUUCCUCCAAGAGCAAAACAAAACCAAGCCUGACUUCAACGUCAGAAAAGUCGAAGGCGCCCUAGGACUUGUGCACUUGGUGGAACCCACAGAACGCCGGAAACAGACAGACCGACUUGCCUGUUUCACGGUGUCCAAUUCCAAUGAGUUGAAACGGAAAAUUUUCCCACUGGCAUGUUUCAUGGUCCCUGUCUCGUUAGGUGCAGUGAUCAGAAUUGACCAACCCCUGAGGAAGGUUGUCCAGUGCACAACCCAGGGCUCGGUACCCGAGUUGGACGAGCACUUGGUGGAAACGGCCACUCAGGAAAGCACCUUAGACCACUGGAAAUUCCUCCAAGAGCAAAACAAAACCAAGCCUGACUUCAACGUCAGAAAAGUCGAAGGCGCCCUAGGACUUGUGCACUUGGUGGAACCCACAGAACGCCGGAAACAGACAGACCGACUUGCCUGUUUCACGGUGUCCAAUUCCAAUGAGUUGAAACGGAAAAUUUUCCCACUGGCAUACGGCAUCUGGGGAGAUUCCGGGUCAUUCGUCCAGCUGCGAAAGGUGCAUCUCUGA